AUGGACCCCCGCCACCCUGGUGACUCGCAGGAGAUGUCUGCCUACGACCACGAUGACAGCGGGCCGAUCGAAGACGAUCCUUACCGCGAAGACAAGGAAGGAGAUCCUGAGGAGGCAGACAUGUACGACGAGGAAGACUACGACGAGGGCGCGGACGAAUAGGAAGAGGACAGCGAACAGUCGAGCGAGCCCAGCUAUUUCCUGAACAAAGAGUUCGCCACACGGCGUUGGCAAUGGGCCUACCCAGUAGUGGACGGGGUGAACCCCUGUCCCCGAGGGGGACACUCUGCCACCCUGAGCGGACACUCAAUCGUGAUCUUCGGGGGACACUACUACCGCAGCAAGGAGGAAGGAUACAUGUACCUGAACGACACUUUUUUGCUGGACGUGAGUGCCAACAAGUUCAACAAGGCCAAGACCAAUGGCACUCCCCCUGCCCCCCGAUACGGGCACUCCGCCAUCUUGGCGGGCUCGCGUAUCAUCAUUUUCGGCGGGAAGGGUGAAAAGGAAAAGGUCUUUAGAGACCUUCACGCCCUGGACCCUGCGACGCUCACGUGGUACCAGGGUCCGUAGGGCAUCGGCUCUCCUAGUGCCCGGUUCGGGCAUUCCGCCACCCUGGUCGGCAGCAGCAAAAUGCUCAUCUUCGGAGGCUGGAACGGCCGCGAUUACUUCAACGACGUCUAUAUUCUGGACCUCGAAGUGAUGGCCUGGUCACAGCCUCAAUGCGCAGGCCGGCCUCCCUCCCCGCGGCAGGGCCACACCGCCGUCCAAAUGGGCAAGUCGAUCAUCAUCCAAGGCGGGUUCUGCUUCAACGACUAGCGGCAGAAGGAAGCAGGAUUCCGGCAGGGCACUGGCCUGCGCGAGUGCUACUACAACGACGUGAGGAUCCUAAACCUUGAGAAAUUCGAGUGGGUGCGGCUACGGGUGAGUGGCACCCCGCCUCUACCACGGUUCGGGCAUACCGCCAAUGUAUCCCUCUCUGACAUCGUCUACUUCGGGGGGUGGUCGCUCAACUCGGGCGCCAAGGGCAUGCAGAACUUUGUGGCGCCACAGGACAUCGACUAUUUCAUCGUGCUGAACACGGAUGCAGACCUGCGCUGGGAGAAGGGCGUUUUCGAGGGUCAGGCGCCGCUGAGCCGUUACGGCCACACUGCGAUCAUCGGCCCGCACGUGCUGAUCUUCGGAGGCUGGGAGUUCAGCCGUGCCUCGAAUGAGGUGGUCGUGCUGCGUGACCUUAGUUCCGCGGGCCGGGAAAAAAAAUGA